AUGCCGGGCUUUCACGAUGACGAGAACUUGCCGCCAUCCACUCCCGACCGGCACGGGCGGUCAAACUUUUUCAACUUCAGCAAUCCUUCAACCACGCCUGCUGGACCCCCGCCCUCAUCAGCUGCAAGCUACACACCUGCCGGCGCCCCAUCAGCGUCCUAUCUAGGCAGUUCUAUCAUGCGAGGCGUCACAGGCCAGAAGCCUGUAAAUCCAAUCAAAUUUGGCAAUCGCAGCUCCGGAGGGAUACCCAAGAAGAAUCUGCUCUCUCGGGGCACACGUUCGCCGCUGGGACGGUCGGUGGCUAGUACCAAGGAGAGACAACCCUCCAGGCUUAGUCGGCAGGUUGCCAUGGAUGACUAUGAAGAUGAGGACGAGGACGAUGAGGAGGAAGAGGAUGAAGAAGACUACGAGGGGGAGGAUACACAGCAGCUUCCAACCACUCGCAGCUUUGGAUUGGAGUACAGCGACGAUGAAGAAGACGAAGAAGACGAGGAUGAUGAAGAAGACGAGGAUGCUGAGGGAGACGACACAGACUACGUAGAUCGUCACUACGCGACGAGGAAUCAACUACAGGGGCGAGGCAACGAUCCGACCGACCACGGGAGUGCCAGAGACGACAUGUGGCUGAACAUGGGGCAAAAUGGCACCCCGGAGCACGCCGGCAUCGGUGAUGAGUCCGACCUGAUGGAGUUGAUGACGCCUGCAAUCAAUGAUCGUGUGCGACGAGAGGCUGAAGGCAUCUUCCGCGCCUCUGCCAUCCAUUCUAAUGGGCGCGCUGCAAGAGAACUCAACUUUGCGCCAGUGGCCAAGAGCUUGGCAGAGCAGAUGGGCUAUGCCGAGUUGACAGAGCCGCCAUUACUCAUUCUGGAAACGGAUGCCUUGGUCAGUCAGCUGUACACCGAGGGAGUAGGCUCCGAAGAUGACGCGGAAAAGCUAGAUGCCGCUCUCGCCCGUACCUCUAGCCAACUAGUCUCACUGUGGUCAGAGUAUGUGGCAGGUCUGCCCCAGAAUGAGCACGAACAUAUUGCCGGUAUUGGACCAGGUCCCAAUGCAAUACCAUUCGAGAAUGCUGCAUACCUCGCGGGACUGGCCUUGCAAAUCCAUCAUACCCGAUCUCUGGAGUCUGACGAGUCACAUCCCAUUCCUCUCCCUGAGGUCCUCUUCCAAUGGCUUGGUGAGAACCAUAAUCUCUACCCUAACCAGACAAAGGACAUCUCGACCUACAGGCCUUCACCGGCAUGUCACACAUUAUUCUGGCAGACCGUUUUCAUGAACAUUCUUCAGGGUCGUGUAGCAGAUGCCCUGAAUCUGCUGCGGAACGGAGGUUUCGACCAAGUGAAGAAAGGAAGCGGAUUUGCCUACACAGGUCAGGCCUUGUCAAAUGUGCUUCGGGCCAUCCACGAAACCUGUGUCAUCAUCGAGGCGUGCCCCGGCAUCGACAAUGACUGGGACCUGUGGAACAGCGACUGGACUCUAUUCCGCGUUCGAGCCAAGGGUGCUUUGGAUGCGCUCAGACGGUUCGCCGAAGGCAAGGAAAAGUCGUUGGGCGCAUCUGACUUUUCAGACUCUGGGCGCGGAUCGAUGGCGGGCAUGGCUCGGAAGGCGGAAUCACAAGUUCCCUGGGAUAUUUACGAAAACAUCAACAUAAUAUUUGAUAUAAUCCUGGGCUCGCAAGAGAGGAUUGUUCAGGUCUCCCAGGAUUGGUGUGAAGCAACCGUCGCCAUGUUUGGAUGGUGGGAUGAGGGUCGCGACCUGCGCAGCAAAAAUGACAUGCGCAUGUCACAGUCAUUGUCGCUGUCUCGAUCGCGCAUGCUGAUGCCCGCAGCACCGCGUAUUGCGAAUUCGGAGGACUACCUCGACCGUCUUGCCCGUUCAUUCCAGGCUGCUGUUAGUUCCGGCCUCGAAGUAAACUCCAACAGCGCCCUCGAGGUCGGCAUGGCCUGCAUUUUUGAAGACAACCCCAAAGGUCUCAUCGGUAUUUUGAGGUCGUGGUCGCUCCCCGUGGCAGCUGCCGUGGCUGAGAUUGCAACAUUAGGUGGCUGGCUGCCGGCACACCAGCCCGCCUCUGUGUUCGGCGCCCUCGACCUUGAUCUCAAUGAUCUUGAGGUCCUCGGCUUGGACCCUAGGGGACCAGAUGAGCUGGAUGGAAUGAAAGAUAACACCUUGAUUCAGUAUGCUCAGGCUUUGGUCAACUUGGAUCAGCUGUCCCUAGUGGCGACAAAGUCUGGAACGGUCAUGGAUGGCUGGGAGCUUGCCAUACAUGUUCUCGGUCGUAUGGAUUCGUCGGAGCGCUCCGAGGACACGAUAGGAGAGCUGGUAAAGACUCUUUUGGCCGACGUCGAUGCCAAUGCUGGCCCCGUCGUGGACAAGGUCUGGCGACUGCUGAACAAUCUUGGCAUGAUUGAGUUUGCUGAGGAGACAGCAGAGCACUUUGGUGACGCACUUGCGCGGGAAUCCCACAGCUAUGGCCAAGCCAUGUGGUACUAUUCAUUGGCACACCGGCCAAACAAGGUCCGCGAGGUGAUGAACCUCCUCAUGUCAUACUCUCUCCUUCAGUCCGCGGUUUUCCCGCCUGAGUCCGAGCUCGAUGAGCACUUGCGACAGCUGGUACACGAUCGUAACGAGACCCUUGCCGAGUUUGCAAAGCAGGACCUUGAAGCCGCCGAACUUCUAGGCAAGAUGCUGAGCGGCUAUGCGACUUUGAGGAGGUUCUACGAGAUACGCGACGAUGACACUACCGCGGUGCCACUUCACCGCCGCCGUGCGGCAGCGGCAGACGCACUCAUGGCUGUCAUAGCAGCUUCUGACGAUAACAUUCGUGGCGGCUUAUAUGAUCCCUCGCGUGACGGGCUUGUCAGCGAAGACUUUCUGCUGGCACUGCUUGGGGAGGCUACCGCGCUGGUAGAUAUCAGUGCCGGAAAGGGCCCAGUCAUCGAACCAGGCGCCAAGACGGUCAUCACGCUGGACCACAUCGACACGCUGCUGAAGGCUGCUGAGGAUUUGGCUGCGAUCAAGUCGACUUCAGUUUACGCAACCUGCGACGAGUUCUUCAAGCUGACGCUGGCAUCAAUGCCAGGCCUGAAGGGCUCCAACCCAAUGGAUCUCAUGCGGAAGAGCACGGUCGGUGGGGAUGGAAGCACAAGCAGCUCAUACGUGCUGGGUGGCAGCUCCCUCAUUGCGAGCCAGCUGAGCCGUAGCAUGUCAUCGUCGUCGCUGGCGAACAAGGCGGCUAUCAGCAAUAAGGGAUGGGACUGGAGGAGCGGCUUUAACGCCAACAGCACGGCAGAUGAUUUGCUGAAGAGGGUGAGACUGGGUGUCGCCAGGGACUUGGCAAGACUUUGGGUGGAAGAAGCUGACAGCGGUUUCAUGUAA